UUAUCAUUGAGUAUUUUCUCCUAAUCUUUUCUUUGUUAACUCAAGAAUUUUUUAACUCAUAAAAACACUUGUUGAUGUUAAAAAAAAGAUAUUUUUUUACGGUAAAUGACAAAUUAAAGGAUUAAAAGUGAACUAAACGUAUCUAAAUGUGUAAAAGAUUCAAACAGGUGGUUGUGAAGUAGAGGCUCAUGGGAUGCGUGGGGCUGCAGGUGUGGGGAAGUGGGUCAGAACUGGGAGAACUGGCUGCUUUCUUCUGAAAAACCAGUAUGAUGUCGCUGGUUCAAAAAAAAAAAAAAAAAAAAAAAAAAGUUUGUGAAAGUGGCCUGACGUCACGCUCCCACAAUGCUUACCGCCCCAUAACUCGGCUGCAGCCUGCGCAGAGCCACACGCACGCUCAGGCCUCGGAUUUCGAAAAAUUACAGAAAAAAAAUCGGGAAAAUUACGAAAAGCGCAGAAGAAGCGGAAGAAAAGCGUCCAGCGGCGGCGAGCGUUCAGCCGCGGCGGGAUCGGGGUUCGGGUCCGGGAUGAAGCUCACCGGGACUGUAUGUGGAUCUGACUAAUGCGCUGCUGGAAAGUUUUCGAACCGUAAGGAUGCAGAGCGGCAUUUCUCACUCACCGCCAGCCACCGCUGUUGGGACUGGGUGAGGAAGAGACCCAGAAAAAAAGUUUCGGAUCACCUGGAUGUUUCCCCUGGAUUGCCGGCGUUUCCUGUGAGCUGUCCGUCUCCCGCCCGGACCUUCCCGCAUUGUGCCUGCAGGCCCGGGGAGCCACGAGUGCAUGUUCAUGGCAGCGGCGCUCUAGGGCUGCCAUGGCAGCUGCUGCCGCCGAUGCCUCACACCACAUCACCGCACUGACGCCGGAGGAAGAGGGACGCCGCGCCGCCGCCAAGCUGUUCGGGAGCGCCGCCCCGCUGCCACGGACGGAGAGAGAGCGAGAGAGGGGGAAAGAGGAGGAGGAGGUGGGAAGAGCGAAAGGAAACGAGUGUCUGGUCUGCGGGGCUUUGUUCACUUCCCAGGAGAAGCUCCGCCUCCACGGCCUGAGCCACACGGGGGAGAAGCCCUUCCACUGCUCGCAGCCGCACUGUCCCAAGGCCUUCAGCUCCAAGUACAAGCUCUUCAGGCAUAUGGCCACACACUCUCCACAGAAGACCCAUCAGUGUUCGUUCUGUGAGAAGAUGUUCCACCGCAAAGACCACCUGAAGAACCACCUACAGACCCAUGACCCCAACAAGGAGGCCUUCAAGUGUGACGAGUGCGGAAAGCACUACAACACCAAGCUGGGAUACAAACGCCACGUGGCCAUGCACUCUGCAACUGCGGGGGACCUGACCUGUAAAGUGUGCAUGCAGAGCUACGAGAGCACCCCCGUUCUCCUGGAGCACCUCAAGAGCCACUCGGGGAAGUCCUCGGGUGGUGCCAAGGAGAAGAAGCAUCCAUGUGACCACUGUGACAGACGUUUCUACACGCGGAAGGACGUGCGGCGUCACAUGGUGGUCCACACGGGCCGAAAGGACUUCCUGUGCCAGUACUGUGCCCAACGCUUCGGCAGGAAGGACCAUCUGACGCGCCACGUGAAGAAGAGCCACUCUCAGGAGCUGCUGAAGAUCAAAACGGAACCUCCGGAUAUGUUGGGCCUCCUGGCGUCGGGGUCUCCGCCGUGCUCUGUGAAGGAGGAGCUCAGUCCCAUGAUGUGUGGCAUGGGGCCCAACAAAGACCCCAUGAUGGGCAAGUCGUUCCCGAGCGGGGCAUCUUUUCCGAUGAGCAUGUACAACCCCCACCAUUUGCAGGCCAUGUCUAACCCCGGGGUGGGUCAUCCACACCCAUCCCUGAUGCCCAACUCCUUGUCUGCAGCUAUGGGCAUGGGCUGUCCCAUGGAGUCCCCUGCAUCCAUCCACCCACACUCCCAUCACCACCACCAUCAUCACCACCAUCACCAUCAUCACCAUUCCCCUCCUCUCCCCCCUCACCAUCAGCCUGCGGCCCCCCAGCAGCAGCACCAGCCCCAGCCAGCACCCAAAUACCAGCUGGGAUCUACCUCAUACCUGCUGGACAAGCCUUUGAAAGUGGAGAUGGAGAGCUUCCUCAUGGAUCUGCAGAGUGGUCUACCUGGCCCGGUUCCCUCUGCAGAGCCUCACGCCGCUGCCUCACCCCCCAAGGACGGACUGGAGCCUACCUCGGGCCUGGCGGACGAGCUUUGCGGGGAUCCCCUCCUGUCCAAGAGCCCUGCGGUGAUCGCUGAGUCUUUGUGUGCUGCUAACAUGGACUUCUCCCACCUGCUGGGUUUUCUGCCCCUGAACCUGCCUCCAUACAGCGCCCCCAUGAGCACCGGAGGUCUGGUGAUGGGCUACACCUCGUCUGCGACUUCCUCCACAUCCUCCUCCUCAUCUCUGCACGCUGCUGAGCCUCAGGCCGCAGCAGUCGCCUCGGCAGCGGCCGCCGUCAGCGCGGCACCUCUUACCUCUUUGCAACCACAACCUCAGGAGCAGCAGAGCUCCGGCGGGGGGCUAGGCCUGGGACACCUGCACCCCCUCCCACCAGUGUUUAGCUCCAGCCUCAGUACCACCACACUGCCUCGCUUCCACCAAGCCUUCCAGUGAGAAAGAAGGCCCACCCGUUUGCCCAAGCUCAGCUGGGACGGGCGGUCCCUCACUGGGCCCGAUCACACCGCGGGAGAUCCCGAGAAAAGAGACGGACAUUCACUUAGAAGCCUUAAAUGAAAGUGCGCACAAAAGCUUUUGAUUGAGCCUUAAAAGGACGUCGAACCCCUUUGAACAAAAAGAAAAAAGGUGAGAAAAGAAGUUGAAGCAGCUUUUAUUUGGGCUUUCUUGUUUGUUUAUUCCUUAUCCUAUAGAUAUAACGACGUAUUAACCCCAUUUCUUUAUUUCCGUUUACUUCUGCUUUUAGCUCCCUUCCAUCCCCUAUUUAGUAUUAUAGAGAGCAGCAUCAGUAGGCCAAAAGGCGUGGUACUGCAUACUUUCUAAAGUAAUAAUAUAAAGAAAUUUAGUGAAGAUUAUCUGUUUUGUUGUGACCCAGGAAGCAUAUAGUUUGAAGUGGAGAUUUUGUUUAAAUUUUUUUUUUUUUUUUUGCAAAUGUAAAAAAACAAAAACAAAAAAAACAUGGUAGAAAAUGUGUUUGAAGCAUCUGUGCUGAAAACCUGAUUAUUAUGGAGAGGAGAAAGAUCGGUUAGGCUGCGAAAAAUAUGAAAGAUGGCCAAAAUACUGCCACAAAAAAAAUAGAAAACCCCAACAACCGAUCGAUCGUCGUCUUCAUGAAAGUGCUCUUCGAACAAGGAAAAACUUAAGCUGAUCUGCUCCUAGAGUCGGCUCAGUUUGAUCAUUUCCAUGCAAAAAACAAAAAACAAAACGGGCUCAACGUAAGAAAACAGCUGCCAAACACGUUUCUGCGCUAACUUUUCCUCAUUAGAAGCACUUUUUCAUUUUGUUUUGGCUGAAGGCACUUGCCCUUUGCUCUCCUCGCCUCCUCCUCGUACCUCCGGAGGUUUCCUUCCUUCCUUCCUUCCUUCCCUCCUGGCGGCGGGAGACUCCUCAUAAGGGGUCUCCCUCCUUCUCCCCCCUCAAAAGUUCUCUGGAGCCGUUUGUGCCGACUCAACGUUUUGAGUGAAAACGCUCCUUCAGGCAGUCUUUGAAAAAGAUGCAUCAUCAUGGCAAUGAUGGACCCCGAAAUAUGUGAAUGGCUGGAAAAAAAGAAAAAGAGCAAAGAAUCACAGAAAAGUAUAAAAUAAUGUUAUUGCAGUGUACGAAAUAUCUCGAAAAAUGAUUAUAAUUGAUUAUCUCAGUAAGGUGUACUUUUUUGGUAGAUGUAUUAAAACUAAGUAAUGUUUUUGAUGUCUGGCAGGUUUACAUUUGUGUGUAUCUUGCAUUUUUUUUAUUUCUUGAUCAACAACAGGAUGAAGUAUUAGCUUUUCCCCAUAAGCUUUUCACCCGAUCUUUACGUGAGUUUAGUUCUAGCGGAGUCAGAGCUGCGGACGGAAGUAUUUCUAGAAGGCUGGUAGUGGAUCGGCUGUCAGUUAGGUUCUGAGCAGAAUAGGUUGUUUUGAUGGGAUGCUCUUCAUCCCACAGGUCAUGCUUACAGUGAAUUUCUGGUUUAUUUCACCCUCCUGCUGGACAGAAAGUCCUGAAAACACCAUCCCGACAGGAUUUGAUGGGUCUCCGUACAGUUGCAAUGAGAAGUUUGCCUUUAAACUCCAAACAUGGCAGCGCAUUUAGCAGCCACGUGUCUUGUUAUUGUUACUCUUUAGUUUCAGAUUGUUACAAGCACUCCAUUUCAUCAAGUCAUUGUCAAACUUUAAGAUUUCUGUCAUUUAAACGCCUUAAAAGGCUAAUUAGCAUUUGGUCAUUUACACUCGAAUGUGCAGACGGAGGGAAAACUGCUGUCUUCAUUUGAUACCUGUAGGGGCAAAACUUUCCGAAUUGAAUUCUUUAAUAUCGCUCUAUCGUUGGCAAUCUUAUAACGCAUUUCUUUAACCGUUUUUGCAACUGAAGUGAUUCCAACGGACUCUGAAUCUGAGAAAAGUAGCUCUGCGCUGACAUGCAAAACCUAAUCGCAUGAAAGUGUGUCAACUGACUUAUUCUAAAGCGGAGAAAAGCGGCUCUUUGUGCUGUUAUUGGCUAAGCAGCUAUUGGUCAUUUACACGUAGAAAGUCGAAUGUAGCCAAACUGCUGUCUUUAUUUGCUACCUGCAGGGGGCGCUGUGGCCUAAAGCUUUCUGAAUUUGUCCGAUCUGAGCUUUAGCUCCAGCGUCGGCGUUCUUUCAAUUAGCUUAACCUUUCAAUCGUUUCAAUGCAUUUAACGUAACCCCAGGGGAUUCUGAAACUGAGAAAAGUAGCUCUGUGCCGAUGGGCAACACUUUAUGGUAAUUAAGUGUUUUCGCAAUCAACGUAUAGCCAGCUAAUUCUGAGAAAGGUGUCUUUCAACAUGUACGGCAUGAAAAAGUUGAAGGAUUUUUGUCUGUCGGUGCAUAAAGUAAACUUCUAAAACCUGGUUUCAUUCAAAGUUGUUUCUAAUCAAAGCUCCUUAGUGUAGAAUUUGUUCUUCCUCCCUCGAUGGAGCAGUCAUCAUCUGAUAGGCAAAGCCAGGCCUCGAGGGCCGCAGUCGUGCAUGUUUUCCAGCACGACCUGCCCUUGCAUGUUCUAAUUGGCAGGACACACCUGAACCAGGUAAUCAGCCAUGAGUGGAGCUUGUAUAUCUGGAUGUCAUGCAGACACUAAAGCCCCUGAUCUGACAACUUUCCCGCCACACGAGCGCAGCUGAGCUGGUUUUGCUGCUGGAGCUCCGUUAAGAACCAAAACAUGUUGGUUGAAUCUCAGUCCUCAUUCAGGCCGGACGCUGAGCCACACAGAAAGGACUCGAUCAUGUUGCAAACGCCAAAAACAUCAGUUGGAUGAAAAAGUCUUUGUGUAAACUUCAGGUUGCUGCUGUGACGAGAGCUCUGACGCCACACGACGAGGCUGAAAUAAGCCAGAAGCAUUCAGUUUUACAGAAAUGUGCUUUUCCUCGCUCAUUCUGAGGGAUGUUGUCCUUCGUCGUGCAGAGGAGCCGCUCGCUUUGUCUUCGUUAAAAAAAAAAAAAAUAACAAAUUGCUGCUUUUCGCCACGGUUUCCAAGUUACCACAACUGUAGACCACUAAAACAUCCUGCAAGAUGAGCAGGGAGCUAAAACAGAACCGGAACCGACAAAGCGUUCUUCAGUCCAACCUGCUCCUCCUCCUCCUCCUCAUCCUCGUUUUGCUGCUUCAUUAGAGUGAAAGAAAAGGGUCUGAAAUGAAGCGAUACCCGGAGGAUGGCGGUCAUCAAUGGCCGCUCCGCCCGGCGUAUCUCUUUAUCAUUUAUUUGUUUUGUUUGUCAUAUGAUAUAUUGUUUUCUGUUUGUACAAACAGGACCUUAAAAAAAAAAAAAAAAAAAAAAAAAAAAAAAAAAACAACACAACACAUCACCUCAUUUUUUUUCUUACCAAAACCUCGGGAGAAGAAACUUCAUUUUUUGCACAAUAGCUUAUGACUUAUAACAACAUGUUGUUUUUUUUGGAAACUGUAGGAAAUAAAACUCUCACAAUGAGCAGCUGAUGACUCUAGUGCACAUUACACGAAAAACUCGAGUCCCUUUGAAAGGCAGGAGCAACUGGAGAAAACAAGGAAAAGCACUGAUGCAGAAAAGCUUCACACAGGCUAGAUUAGGAAUAUCAUAAUCCAAUCUCAAUCCAAAAUGGAAGCAUGUGAAACGUCUCCCCUUAUUGGUUAUUUCAAUAAGUUUGAUGGUCGAACGUUGGAUUGAUCUGAAAUGGGCUGUCUGCACCUUUCUGUGGAACGUUCUGGAGGAAAACGGAAUUCAAAUUGGAUCUUUACUUUAAAAAAAAAAUAGGUUGUUUUUAAGAAAAACGUCUCAGUUUGUAGCGAUCAAAAGGAGAUUUUCUUAAAAACAGUUAUCUCGUUUAUUCCUGGAAAGAAAGGAUUAGAAAGCUUUUGGCAUUAAGUUUGUCCUCCCUGGGUUUCUGUGAGCUAAUCUGAAUUCUAGCACUUUCAACCUUAAAAAAAAAGAAGAGUAUUUUUUUUCUUUUUAAAAUUCAGCUUAUAUGUACAUGUUUUUAAUUUUGUAUUGAUCCUGUAUAUGUAUGUGCCAUUAGUCUGAUGUGUAGACUUUAUCAACUUUUGUGUAUUUCUCUUCUCCAAAAGAAUAACAGUAUUUUUGAUAUACUUUUCACUAAUACCUUUCUACGUAUUGGCCCCGCCUCCUUUCCUCCCUGAUCUGUUUUUUUUUUUUUUUUUUUGGGUUGAACCAGCUUUCACUCGUUUAGCUAGUCGAGCCUCGUUCCAGCCGAGCGCUCAAACAGAACAGCAGCAUCUGAGGCGGUGGUGUGGUGAUGCCCAGCUUUCAAAAUAAAAGUCCAGGCUGAGAGGACUUUUAUUGCCAAAACCAGAACAAAUCUGAGUUUUAAAAAAAUAAAAAGGGGAAAACGUUGCUUCAAAUGGAUGUUGGUACACGUAAAGUGGCAGAAUCAGAGUUUCGGGAUGUGAGCAGGUCGCAACUUCACUUUGAUGUUGCACGGCUGGACAUGCGUGAAAGUCCAUUUGAGGUAAGAAAAGUAAAAGAAAAAUAAGGUUUAUGUGGCAAAGAUGUAAAAGGCAGCUUUGAAUUGCUCUGCAUUCCUAUUGGAGAAGAUUAAAACAAUUCUAUAAACCUUUUCACUACAAAACUGCAACUUUUGUGAAACUUUUAAGUCUAUAGCAACUAUUAAGAAGCCUGGUGCUGACAAAUAAUGUAGACAUUUUGACUUCCCUUCAGAAAAAAUCUUUUUGAAGUUUCCCCAGCAUUAAGACCGCCUCCAUAAUUACAUUUUACUCUCUAAAGAAAUCAGAGAUUUAUAUCCAUGACUCUUUUGACUAAAAGCUUGAUGAGACACCAAAGAAAAUGCCGUAGAAACCUGUUCUUAUUCAACUAUACUGAUAAAAUUCCACAUUAGACAUAAAAAUCACAAUCUAUCUUAAGUGAGUAGUUUUCUUCUUUAGAAUAUGAAAGAAUUAAGACAUAAAUAUUGGGGCUGUUUGCCAAAUAAAGCUAGCAUUGUUUGAAACCCCUCUGUUUUUAUUCUUGACAUGGCAACAGGAAACGCCAAAUGUCUUAUGGAGGAACUUUGAUCCACAACUUGUUUUUCAGUAAAACAAGAAAAAACAAAUUUUGCAAGAUAAUGAAUUCCCAAAAAAAAUGUUGCAGAUUUACAGCAGUAAAUAACAUUAAAAAAGAACUUUAAAUAGAGGAUUGCACAUUUAAAAGUCUCUCUGAUGACGACUUUUAAAAAUGACACCUAUUUUCAUGACCGGUGUGUUUUAUUUUUUUAGAAACAUAUCUUAAAUUCGUACAAAAUAAGAAGAAUAUUUUUGUUAAAAAGAAUUAACUGAAAAAUUUGUGAUGACGGAACAUCUAAAUCCAAAUGAUCCGUUUUAAAAUCUGCUCUGAAAGGAUCCUGCAUGAAGGAUCCAAAUAAAUCAACACAUUUCUAAUCCAUAUUGAGGACACAGUCCAGGUUGCAUUCUGGCUUGUUUUUUUAAUCCUAACAUUCAUUAGCCAUGUGCAGCUAACGCGCAACUAUGUCGCUGUGAAUUUCAGGCCUCAGUUGGUCUUUUUUUGUCCUAAAUGGGCUUCUGUAUCCUCAGCAGAACUCAAACCGGCGCCGCUGUUCUGUUUCUCAGCUCGGCUGUAGCUUCAUUACCUCGUCAUGCACCUACUAGAGAUGCACUUAUCCUCACGUUUUCCUCUUUUCUAGUAGGUGCAGUACAAACUACGCUUGUAAGGGAAUUUUUAUUCUUCACUCUAAAACUGAGAAAGGCUUCUUCACCUUUAACACGCCCUCUUCUGUAGAAAGAAGCUGCACCGUCUGGUGCCGGCUAUACAUCCACAUAUAGUUUUAUAUAUUGUUAGCUCCAUGUAAGUCUUGCAUUCCAAUCUCUUUGUGUAUCUUGUGAAGUGACAUAGCCCAUUUAUUUUUAUGAAAUGCUAUUACAGCCUCCUCUCGGAGUACACGAGGUGAAAACCCUGAUUAUUUGCAUUCGCCUACGGUGCGUUAUUAAGCUCAAAGUUUAUCAAGUGCAGCAAGAGUUGAAGAAAUGAUGUGGAGAAAAGGAAAGAAAGAAGAGUCUUGCUUUUUUGUUACAUAUCUCAUCUGCAAUGUUUAAUUUACAGAUUUGUAUAUUGGUUGAUCCAAAGAGAUGAUGAACACAACAACAGAACUAUUGACUUAUUGUACAGUACAGUGUAUCUUUGACUUGUCAUGUGUUAUGUUGAAAUAAUUAAAAAGCAAACCAGCGGUUUCAUACCCUCUGA